CGCUGUUAUACGUUUAACUCGCCCGCAGCAGCUUUCGUCGUAUAGUCAGCGAGCGAGGACUUUUUCCUGUGCUGAACUGUGAGCAGGGUCAAACUGAGCACCACUAUCUGUGGCGCAGAUGGGCUCGGAAGUGGACUGCCGCAACCACAUACGCGAGGUGCACCCGAUCCACGGUGGCAGCACUUUGUACAUCUGCGGGACCAACUCCUUGGCUCCCACCAACUGGCAAGUGCAAGCUGAAGACCUGACGCUGCUGCCGCCGGAGCAGCAGGUGCGUAUCGAGCAAGACAGCAACACCGGCAAGGCCAUCGGGUGCCCUUACAACAUCCUUCAGAGCACCUCGGCAUUGUGGGUUGAGGACGAGCCCGAGAAAGGUACUUCGUUCGUGAUCGCCUUAAGACCACUGGAGCAGUACGGAGACAACUACGCGAUCUCGAGGACGGAAAUCUUCGACCCGAGAACAGGCUCACGCAUCUACCACUACCUGACCACCCAAGUGGGUGACAUCACUAUGCUGAACGAGCCCCACUCCGCUGGCGCGUUCGCGUUGCGUGAGCACGUGUAUUUCGUCUUCCGCGAACAAGGCGUGGAGCGCACGGCCUGCGGCAGCUGCGCCAUCUCAACUCUGGCACGACUCUGCAAGAACGACCUUGGACACGGGAUCAGUGAACGCCGGUGGACCUCAUUCAUGAAGCUCCGUCUCCAGUGCCUCGACACGGCGAAUCCGCGAAAAUAUGACUCUCAAUUGUUCAGCUUCGACGAAAUACGUGACUCUUACUUGGUUCCUGACUUGGAGGGUGGCUUGCUGCUCGGCGUCUUUGUCACUAUCACAGGACGGUAGGGUGCUGAAGCUCGCCGAAAAACAGUCUACCGAUGACCGAGUGCCAACCUCUGCCCGCGUGGUGGAUUCCUUUAAUGCCGCUGCCGAACCGAUACGAAAGAUGCUGGUCUCACUGAAGCACCGCAGCCUGUACGUGUUUUCUGACGCCGGGGUCAACCAGUACCGGCUGGACGCCUGCGCGGGACGCCAUGCGGACUGCGCGUCUUGCGUGCGGGAUCCCUUCUGCGGGUGGAACGGCGCCCGUUGCUUACCUCACAGCAGCGAACCCUACGCUUCCACUUCACGGGUGUGCUGAAGAUGAACGGCGGCGGCGGAUUUUGUUUUUUAUGUUUGCAACUUGCGAUAUCUUAUAGCCGUUUGCGACCACACCAACCAUCACCAACACGGUAUUACCAUGUGAUUACGACAAUCUUUUCGACGUCGAUUAACUGCAACCAAUAUUUUUUAUAUAAUAUUUAUCUCGAACGUGCACGUGUUAACAUAAAUUAUUUCCAGGCUGC